GCCAAGGGGCGGGGCUUAGGGCCUUCGCCGCCGCGACAGGUGGAUUCCUCGGGGGGUGGAGCCUGGGGUCGGGCCGGCUCUGCCUGCGCGUGCGCAGUACUACUCAGCUCCUGCUACACUUGCUGCAACAUGGAAUUUGCCACAGCUCGGCGAGCUGUACUCCAGCUCCUCGGUACUGUGGCUCCCGCUGACCUCCCCGCGCUUCUCCAGUGGAUGCGAACCACCCGAGACUUUGAUGAAUUCACUCAAGAGAAUAACGACAUUAUAUUGAAAAGCAUAGCAGAAGACCUUCGGAAUUGCUUACCUCCAGGCACUGUGCUUUCCUCAGAACAGCGAGCCCUUCAAAAAAUACUGGAGCAGCCACAACCGACGGUUCAUGUUGAUGCAUUCCUUUAUGAUGAUGACUUUAUUGAUUCAUUAUGUGAGGAAGGAAAAAUGAGCAGAAACUACUGUACAGUGUGUGGCUCACACCAGACAGCACCUUUAGGAUUUAUUUCUCACUCCUUCUCCCUCAUGGAAUUGAAGUUCAUUUAUCAUCAUGUACUCCCUGAUCUCUCAGGAAAGAUCUUGGUGGACGUCGGCUCCAGGCUUGGCACAGUCCUUUAUGGGGGUUAUCUUUACAGCUCAGCAAUGCAGCUCUGUGGAGUAGAGUUGAAUGGAGACUUCUGCCAGUUGCAGGAAAUGGUCAUAAAGAAAUACCAGUUCAGUGACAGAAUAAAGGUGCUUCAUGCAGACAUCUGUACCCAGGGCUCACUUCUGCAAAAUGCUGAUGUUAUUAUAAUGAAUAAUGUCUUUGAAUAUUUUCUCAAUGAGGCAGAACAGGCCAGAGCCUGGGAAUAUAUCAGCCAUAAUGUAAGGAAGCCAGGAUCAUUAUUAGUAACAGUGCCAAGUCUUGAAGAGUCCCUCUCAGGUCUUCAGACUAAUAUACAGUUAUCCCCCUGGGUUGAAGAAGUACCACUGAACUAUGAGGUAUACCCACAAAUGGAUAUUGACAGAGAAACUCUUGAACAAAUUCACUUAUAUAAGAUUCUGUAGGACUAAAAUAGUCCUACCUCAGUGUAAUGUUUCAUUGAGUCUGUUACAGAAUAAUGAAAAAGAAAUGUAAUCCCAGUAUCCUAAUACAUCCCUUCUAGUAUGAGUACAUAUUGGUAAAUAGUUGUAUGUGUAUAUAAAAGUUUAUGUAUGUAUCUG